AUGAUUCGAACUCUAGUCGACAUUGGAGCUGAACUCGUUAUGGUUAUGUCUAUUGUCCUGCCUGAUUGGCUCAUGUAUGUCGAUGCCGUGUCUCUGUCGGCACACCCAUGGAUCAGCGCGGUGGGCUGCUUAGGCUCCAUUGGUAAGCUUAUGUUUUCAGAGUUCAGCAUUGCAGCAACAUCUGUCAUGGCAGGCCGGUCUGCUGGAUCUUCCUGGGCACAAAGCAGUGCCACUUGA